UUGAUAGUAGGUGAGGUGGUGCGAAAUCCAGGGCUUUCCACCCUUUACUACUCUCUCUCUCUUUCUCUCUUUCGUCUCUUUUGAUUGUUUUCUGUCUGAUUAAAACUGGAUCUCUGACGCAACCUCAUUCUUUUAUUUUUUUUAUGUUUUUGCUCUGCGGCCCAAAACGUUGCGUUUUAUUGAGAAGGAAACUUUGCAAUUCCCGGGUAAUGCCUUUAUAUUUUAAUUUUUUUAAAUUCCUCUGCGUUCUUGGAUUGCGUGCAUCAUAGGAUUCGCAUAUCUCGUUUCUGUUUUCGUUGGUGUCUAUUUUGGAUUCGAAUCUCGUGGUUGCGAAUUGUAGGAGGUGAAAUCAAGGAUUGUUUGAGUGCGGUUGUGACGAUUUCCUUCCGCCGAAUUGGUGACCGGUGCAAUUCAGAAGGUUUAUGGUUUGGCCGUGAUGGCUUCGAAUCCUCCACUGGAGGAUCAGACGGACGAGGAUUUUUUCGAUAAACUUGUGGAGGAUGACAAUGAGCAUUUUAAUUCUGGCCAUGGUGAUGAAGGUUAUCAUAAUUCUGAUGACGUCAAAGCGUUUCCGAAUUUAGGGAUCGAUGGUGAUGCUGGAGAAUGUCGGAAUGAGAGGAAACAGGAAGAAUGGGACGAAAGUGGUGUGCAAUUGGAUGGUGGGAAUGCCCAAGAGGGAGGUUUUUUGGCGUCCUCUGGUUCAUUUGGAGGUGAUAGUGCGAUGGAUCGUGGUGAUCAUGGGAUGGGUUUGGAGAGAUCGUCAGUUUCCGAUGUGAGUAAGAGCAAUGGGAUCAACAAUUCCGAGGUUAAGGAGGUGGGUUGGAAUUCUUUUAAUGUUGAUGCAAAUGGAGAUAAUGGAUUUGGAUCGUAUUCUGACUUCUUCGGUGAAUUGGUAGAAGAAUCUGGCAAAACAUGUAAUGAUUUUAAUAAUGAGGUGAAAUCCGGUAAUGAAAUUCAAAAUGAUGGGUCAUAUUCUUUAGGUAAUUAUGAACCAUGUCAAGAGGGUAAAGGUUACGAUACAUCUCAGGUAAAUAAAACAAAUGGGCAAGAUCUGGGUAGCACUCAGUACUGGGAGGAUCUUUAUCCUGGCUGGAAGUAUGAUCAGAACACUGGGCAAUGGUAUAUGGUAGAUGGCCAUAAUGAUAAUCAGGGAAGCUCUAUGGCCAACACGACUGCAAAUUGGGCAACUGCUUCUGAUACUGUAUCGGAGGUUUCUUAUAUGCAACAAACUGCGCAAUCUAUGGUUGGAACUUUAGCUGGGACUAACACAACCGAAAGUGUAUCAUGCUGGAACCAAGCUUCGCAGGGGAAUAAUGGGUAUCCUGAACAUAUGGUUUUUGAUCCUCAGUAUCCCGGUUGGUAUUAUGACAUGAUUGCUCAAGAAUGGCGCUCGUUAGAAACUUACCAUUCAUUUAUUCGAUCUGCUGGUCAUGGACAGGAAAGUAGGCGUGCUUCUACUGAAAAAAAUUUGUCCAAUGAUGUCAGUUUAUAUAGAGAGUAUGGUCAAGAUGGCAAUUAUGGUUCACUUGACGCUGGUACUCAGACUACAGAUGACAAGUGGAGUGGUUCAUAUGGUAUUCACCAUCUCCAGGGUCAAGACACACACACAACUGAGAGGGCUACUAGAAAUGAGGAUACUGCAACUUCUGGUGGAAACAGACCAUUUGGGUAUUCUUUUGGCUCAAAUAUUUCUGUUAAUAAAGAUCAACAAAAUAACCCUGCCUCAUUUGAAACAGUUUCGUACAGUAAAGUGAACCAUGAUCAUGGUUUGGCUGAUGGAACUCUUGAGAGACAAAACUCUACUCCUAGUGGGAACGUUCCUCAACAUUUUAAUUAUUCAAAUACACAGUUUAAUGAACCAAAUAAUUUCUCAAAUGAAUAUGCUAGAAGUCAGAAGCCCUUCAGUUACUCCCAGGCACAGUCAUCGUUCCAGGAUACACAUCAGUCUUGUGCACCUGAUGUUAGAAGAUCAUCAGCUGGACGUCCCCCUCAUGCCUUAGUAACCUUUGGAUUUGGUGGAAAAGUCGUUGUAAUGAAAGAUUCUAGUUUUUCGAGUUCAUCAUAUAGAAGCCAGACUUCUGUCCAAGGAUCUGUUUCUGUGUUAAACUUGAUGGAAGUUAUCAAUGGAAGUAUUGAUUCUUCGAGCGUUGGCAGUGGCGCUGGUGAUUAUUUCCGUGCUCUCACUCAGCAAUCUUUCCCUGGUCCAUUGGUUAGUGGAAGUUUUGGAAAUAAAGAGUUGUACAAAUGGAUAGAUGAGAGGAUUGCACAUUCUGGAUCAACUGAAAUGGAUUAUAAGAAAUGUGAAAGGUUGAGACUUCUUCUCUCCUUGCUUAAAAUAGCCUGUCAACAUUAUGGAAAACUACGUUCUCCUUUUGGUACAGACACCAUACGAAAAGAAAAUGAUACUCCUGAAGCAGCAGUUGCAAAGCUUUUUGCAUCUGCCAAGACGUUUGGCAAGGAGUUCACUCAAUACGGUGUGCUAAGAAGUCACUGUCUGCAAAAUUUGCCUUCUGAAGCUCAAAUGCGGGCAACGGCUUCUGAGGUACAAAACCUUCUUGUCUCUGGAAAAAAGAAGGAGGCUUUGCAGUAUGCACAAGAAGGUCAAUUGUGGGGACCUGCGCUUGUUCUUGCUUCACAACUUGGCGAUCAGUUCUAUGUUGACACAGUGAAGCAAAUGGCACUUCGUCAGCUAGUUUCAGGAUCACCUUUGCGCACAUUAUGCCUUCUAAUCGCUGGACAGCCAGCUGAAGUAUUCUCUCCUGGUAGCUCAGCUCGUGGGGAUCCUAACUCUUUGAAUAUCCCUCAGCAGCCUACACAGGUUGGAUCUUUUGACAUGCUUGUUGAUUGGGAGGAGAAUUUGGCUGUAAUAACUGCAAACAGAACGAAAGAUGACGAACUUGUAAUUAUUCAUCUUGGUGAUUGCUUGUGGAGAGAAACAAGUCAGAUCAUGGCUGCACACAUAUGCUAUUUAGUUGCUGAAGCGAACUUCGAAUCAUACUCAGAUAGGGCAAGGCUCUGUCUAAUUGGAGCAGAUCACUGGAAAUUUCCUCGAACUUACGCUAGUCCAGAGGCUAUCCAGCCAUAUAAGCUUAUUUAUGCAUACAUGCUAGCUGAAGUGGGAAAGGUUUCAGACUCGCUGAAGUACUGCCAAGCAGUAAUGAAAUGCUUAAAAACUGGUCGUGCACCAGAAGUAGAAACAUGGAAGCAGUUGGUAUUAUCUCUUGAAGACAGGAUUAGAACCCACCAACAGGGUGGGUAUGCCGCAAAUUUGGCACCUGCAAAAUUAGUGGGAAAAUUGCUCAACUUUUUUGAUAGUACUGCACAUCGAGUUGUUGGUGGUGGUUUACCACCACCUGCUCCAUCAUCGUCAUCAUCUCAAGGAUAUGUUCACGGAAAUGGACAACAUCACCAGCCUGUUGCAAACAGAGUAUCGAAUAGCCAAUCAACAAUGGCAAUGUCAUCCUUAGUUCCAUCCGCUUCAAUGGAACCUAUCAGUGAUUGGACAGCUGACGAUAACAAAACACCAAAACCUAAUAGAAGUGUUUCAGAGCCAGACUUUGGUAGAAGCCCUCGCCAGGGAACUUCACCUGAAGGUCAAGGAAAAACAUCAGUAUCAGGGGGUGCAUCUCGCUUUUCUCGUUUUGGUUUUGGCUCGCAACUAUUACAAAAGACAGUGGAACUAGUUUUGAGACCUCGCCCCGGUCGACAGGCUAAAUUGGGUGAAAAGAACAAGUUUUAUUAUGAUGAAAAACUGAAAAGAUGGGUAGAGGAAGGCGUUCAAUCUCAAUCUGAAGAAACUGCACUACCACCGCCUCCAAAGACUGCUGCUUUCCAGAAUGGUUCAACUGAAUACAGCUUAAAACAUGCACUGAAGAAAGAAGGAACGCCUUCUAUGGAGGGAUGUGAUUUAAAAACAAAAAGUCAUGAACAUAAUCCAGGGAUUCCACCAAUGCCACCAAGCUCAACACAAUUCUCUGGCCGAGGUCGCGUUGGUGUUCGAUCAAGGUACGUUGACACGUUCAACCCUGGUAGUGGAAGCUCUGCAAAAUUGUUUCAGUCAUCAUCUGUCAAACCUGCUCUGGCUGCCAAUGCAAAAUUUUUUGUUCCUGCUCACACACCAUCAUCAAAUGAGCAGGCAAUGAAAGCUAUAACAGAAAGUAAUCAUGAACAUAGUUUAACUAAUGAAAAUCCUUCAACGUCGUACCAAUCGCCUGGAGUUUUACAUCGGCCAAGGUUUCAAAGCAUGGAUACUAUUGGUUUCCAGGAAAUAAUGACGAAUGGCAGCAACUCUGAAGUGCCUGCUCAUUCACGGCGAACAGCUUCAUGGGGUGGUGAGGCUAUUAAUGAUCGAUUUAGUUCCACAGAAUUGGGAGAAAAUAAUACUCUUGGUGAAGCUUUGGGAAUGCCACCAGAAAUGUUUGUGGCCAAUGAUCUUCAAGAGGUUAAACUUUGAGCACAUAAUUAAGUUGUAAAUAUCAAAUUUUGUUUAUGGUCGUCAGAGUAGUUGGGACAUCCCUGUUGCAUUGAAGUUCUAAAUGUUGUUAUCCAUCGGGUGAAGUUCAAAAAGAACAACUUUUUUCUUCCCAUCCGUUGUUUUACUUUCAAUGCCAUGGGAUAUACCACGUAGUUGAGUAUAAGUAGUACAACUCAUUUGUUCAUUUUAUUACACAACAAAACGCACUGACACUCAAGGAAAACAGGCCUCAACACAUCCAAAAGAAAGAAUAGUUUAUGGAAUUGUGAAAUAUCUUGCCCUUUUGUAAUUUUCAUUUCAGCAAUUAAAUAUAAUUUAAUGAUAAUUGUGCUAGGUUUUUAAGUCAAUCUU